UGUUCUCAAGAAAGAGGCGAGACAUCUUUCUUUCACGCGUGACAUCAGGAAUUGUUGGAAGAUAUAUUUUUCUCUGACAACUUUGCGUCCACAGCAUUUAAGGUAGAAGCACUCACCAAUACAUAAUCACGCUGGAAAGCCAUGCGGGCUGAGAAGAGAUGGCACAUAUUAUUGAGUAUGAUCAUUUUGCUCAUCACCUCCAGCCAGUGCAUGGACAGCAAGGAGGUAAAGCAGAAGGAAAGAGAAACUCUGCUUAAUCUAAUCUUGCAAGUGAUCGGGGACAACCAGCGGGACAAGCCUGCAUCCAGACGCAUUACCAGUGGCCUCUACUCUGCAUCUCAAGAUGUGAAGUUUUCUUCGCGUGAAAAGACUGCACAUUUGUCCAAGGCGGACAGCCGCAGACCAAUAGAAAUUGUCCCAAGAGACAUAAGAAUGAAAGACAAAUUUAUAGAACAUUUUACAGCAGGACCUGUCAAGUUUCCAUCUGAAUGCAGAACACAUUUCAGUAGGAUUUAUUACAACACAAGGGAUUGCUCCCAACCAACAUAUUAUAAAAGAUGUGCUCGAUUGCUAACAAGACUAGCUAUGAGUCCCCUUUGCACACAGUCAUAGAAACUGCAUGUCCUGAGGAUAUAAAAGAAGAAACUCCAGAGACGUCGGAGUAAAUAUUUUUCAAAGGAAGUGCCUUCGAAUCAUUGCAGUUAACUGUCAUUUUGUUUUUAUUUACUGUAAUUUUCAUUUCACAGCAUCUUAAUUAAACAAAAUACAAUCUUUUGCUUUUUAUCAGAAUUUGUUUGUAUUAAAAUGCUUUUUAAAAUAUAGUUUUGUUUAAAAGCUUUGCUUUUUAUAUAUUAUGAUAGAUAGAUAGUACAAAGAUAGUAUUAUUUAAUGUUGCAGUCAGUUAUUUAUUAAAAUGAUGUGUAAAUAUUCUGUCCUGCUCAAAAGAGAGGAUAUUUGGAUAUAAAUCUCAUCAAGCCAUCCUUACUCUCAAAUAAAUUUCUGUUUCAAAUGUAUUAUUCUAAAUGUAAAUUUAAAUAUAUAAUUUCAUCCUUUACACUUUUUAUUUAUGUACAAAACUUAGGAAUCAUUGACUAAGUUGCUGGCCAUGCGGUCAUUUCCAUUAUAUUUAACGUUGGCACUUAUAGAAAUUCCUAUAUUAUGAAUUAUUUGAAAUCAUGAAAACUCAUUGCA